AUGUCUUCCUUUACCCUUUCCGCGGCCCCCAAUACAGACGUAUGGAAGAAGCCGCCUGCCCACAACGUCUACGAUGACCCAGCUCCCACAAAGACGGUUCCAGCCAAGCCCUUAAGCCAGUUUAAGUCCGCCAAAAUCACAUUUACCGCAGACUGGACCGAACAGUACGACCAAGCAGGUCUCAUCGUCACUUUCGACUCCAACUCUGGCCGCGAGAAGAGAUGGAUCAAGACCGGCCUCGAGUAUUACCAAGGCACGCCACAGCUCAGCACCGUCGCCUGCGACCGUUGGGCCGACUGGAGCAUCACGCCUCUCGCCGCCUUUGAGGACACCAAGAGCAUCACUGUGCUCAUCGAGCAAGAGCGCGACUUCAUGGGCCCGAGCUUCUGGGUGUACUACGUGAAGCAGGACGGUACCAAGGUACCGCUGCGUGAGAUUUGCUGGGUCUUUGGAGAUGAUGAUUGUACUGGCAAGGAUUGGAACCUGACUGUUGGCGCUCUGGUUGCUCGGCCUGCCAAGGAUGCGAAGAGCGAUCUUGAGGUUCAGUUCAAGGAUUUCGAUGUGCAGUGGUCUGAGUGA